AUGCGCGCGCCGCACGCAAGCCGGCUCAAGCUGGCCCCCGGCCCUGCUGACGUGGCGGGCCACCCCCGCAAGUGGUCCCCGCCGCCGCCGCAGGACGGCAUCCCAUUGGACGAGCGCCCCGAGUGGCUGCGCGAUGAGGCGUUGCCGUUUCUGGAGCUGUUUGAGCGCAACGUGAGGAAGUUUCCGAGCAAGGCGGCGGUGACGUGGGUGGAGGAGAAGGGCGUGAUCAAGCAGUCGUACACGUACGAGGAGCUGGACGCGCUGUCCCGGGCCGUGAGCGCGUCACUGGUGGGCGAGUGGGGGGCAGGGAGGGGUGACCGCGUGGUGCUGCUGUACCCGCCCGGCCUUGACUUCCUCAUCGCCUUCAUCGCCUGCCUGCGCUCUGGAGUGGUGGCGGUGCCAGUGUACCCGCCCAACCCCCGUGAGCUGAAGAAGGACGUCGAGAAGCUCACUCGCCUCGUCAACGACUGUGGGGCACGCAUCGUGCUCUCCACGUCCGAGUAUCGGUCCAAGAUCCGCCUGUCGCUGCUGAAGCUCGUGCGCUGGCCGGGUGAGCACUGGUACAACACCAAUGGCAUCAAGCCUCUCCCUCGCAGCGCGGCUGAGAAUGGUAGCAGCAGCAGCAGCAGCAGCAGCAGCAGCAGCAGCAGCAGCAGCAGCAGCAGCAGCAGCAGCAGCGAGAAUGGCACUCUUGGCGGUAGCAGUUACAGCAGUGACGAGAUAGCAUUUCUGCAGUACACGUCAGGGUCCACUGCGGAUCCCAAGGGCGUCAUGAUCACCCACACCAACAUUGCCCACAACGUCAUGUUUAUCCGCAGGACCCUUCGCAUGCAUUCUGGCAUUCGCUUCUUCAGCUGGCUGCCUCAGUACCACGAUCUGGGGUUGAUAGUGGCGUAUCUGAGCACGCUCACAGCGGGCGGCAGUGGGGUGUACAUGUCGCCCAUCGACUUCAUCCACCGCCCCGCCUCCUGGCUGCAGUGGAUGAGCCGCCUCAAGAUCACGCACACAGCAGCACCUAAUUUCGCUCUCAACCUCGCCACGCGCAAGUUUGUCCCUUCCAGAGAUGCCGCCCUGCCCGCCCACUUCCUCUCCGCCUCCCUCCCUCCCUCCUCCUUCCCCGCCCCUCUCAACCCCUCCUCCUCCCCCUCCACCGCUCUCAACGCAUCUGCUGCGCUUCCCACCACUCUGGACCUCUCGUCGCUGGAGUGUUUCCUGAACGCUGCGGAGCCGGUGCGGCCGGAGGCGAUAGAGCGGUGGAAUGCGGUGCUGGGGCGGUAUGGAUGGGACCCCUGCGGUAUGUGCCCGUGCUACGGGCUGGCAGAGCAUGUGGUCGGCGUGUCUGGGUGGGGAAGCAAGCUGCUGCAUCUCCCUGACAUCACUCUACACAGCAGUGGUCACCUCGCCACAUACCCUGUGGACGGCCGGGUUGUCAUUGUCAACCCCGAGACGCAUGAGGCGUGUGCUGAGGGUGAGGAGGGCGAGAUCUGGGCGCGCAGCUGCCACGUGGCGCGUGGCUACUGGGGCAAGCCGGAGCUGUCAGAGGAGACCUUCCGAGCGCGCAUGAAGGAAGGCUCUGAUGCUGGCUUGUACCUGCGCACGGGCGAUCUGGGGCUGGUGGUGGCGCAGCAGCUGUUCAUCACAGGGCGCAUCAAGGACCUCAUCAUCGUGGGGGGCAAGAACUACUACCCGCAGGACAUUGAGCUCACCGUAGAGGCCGUUUCAGACAGCAUCCGCCCCGGCUGCUGCGCCGCCUUCAGCGUGAACAAGACGAGCCACGGGGUGGCAGCGGGCGGCAAGGGAGAUACUGGGGAGAAGGGAGAGGAGGAGGAGGUGUUGGCAGUGGUGGUGGAGAUCCCCAAGACCACGAGUGGCAAGAUUCGGCGCAAGGAGACGAGCCAUCGACUCACUACAGGCGCACUCACUGUGCUCAACAGUAACUCGCACACGGAGGGGGGCGCUGGAGAGACCAUUGAGAGUCUGCACUCAAUUCCUGAGUCUUCUGGGGCGAAGGGAGGAGGGGAGGACGUGGUGAUUGUGGAGGAGAAACGUUCUGCUGAGGUGCCUCAAAAAGAGGUGCUAGUUGGCGAAGAGGCCAGGGAGAGUGAGGAAAGGGAGGAGGCAACCAGCGGGAAGGUGGAGGAGGAGGAGGGACAGGUGGAAGGAAAAGGGGCGAGUGAGAAAGAGAGUGUGGGGGUGGAGGAAGGGGAAGAUCUAGAUGAGGCUAGCGAUAUGGCAGCAGCUGGUGCAGGUGCAGGAGUGACUGUAGGAGCAGGAGUGCAGUCAGAGGGGGCAGAUGAUGCAGAGGAGGGAGAAGUUGUAGCAACACCAACGGCAGUGGCGUCAGACGAAACAGCAGCAGCUGCAGCAGAGGGUGACGUGGCAGGGGCACUUACAGAGGAGGAUGGGCAGAGCAAAGCUCCUGUGGGAGAUGGGGCUGUGGAGGCAGAGGAGGGAGCAGAGGAGGACAUGGGUGCAGCCAAGUGGGAUGGCAUGGGCGUGGAGUCAGCUGUGAAGGCCAUCAUGGGCAUCCACGACCUGGAGAUUGCCGGAGAGUCACUGCUGAUCGACAUUGGUCUCACGUCCAUGAAUGGCAUGGAGGUGCUCGAGCUACUGGAGAGGCGCUGCGACCGCAGACUUGUUGUCGAUGACAUGGAGCGACUCACCAUUGGACAUUUGCGCCAGCUGGAUCAGGGCAUCCCCCUCCCUGACACAUUCGAG